GCCGAGGCGGUGAGGACCAACCGGGGCAGAAUGUCAACGGCCGCAAACUCCCCGCGGUCCUGCAACUUCUUCAACCUCGGUCUUCUAUCAACAACGCAUCAUUCUUUUCCAAAAUGACUGCCUCCUCAUUCGUGGCAGAUCCCCUCACCGUUCUGCCCCCCGAAAUUGUCCUACGCGUGCUGGAAUUUACCCCCGUCUCUGCCCUCGCAUCCCUGACCGCCGUGUCCAAAGCCUGGCACCAAUUUAUCGACGUCACACAUCGAGAAGUCAUCUACAGUUCCGAACUCAAGACCACCCAACCUCCCGGAGGCGCCCGUGACUUUUCAUUCCUGUCAGACAGUGCCACAUUUACUAAACUAUUCGAGGACACAACAUCAUGGAAGGACUUGUGCAAGCGCCAGACGCUGCUCUCCCGGAACUGGGCUAACGAGCGCCCAGUGACCCGGGAGUCGGUGCUGCAAGUCGGUAACAAUCCCGUCUGGCGAUUCCGUGCGGACUUCAAGCGCCGGUUCUUCAUUUCCACAUCACACGCGGGUGGGCUGAAUGUCACAGAUAUGGACACGGGCCGGAUUCUGUGGCGGCUGCCCUCUACGCUGCAUCGUGAUGAGGAUGCGGUUCGCCCGUAUGCGCAUCUAGAAUAUCAGGACGGGAUGGCCGUGUUUGAUCGCGAGGGGGAUGCGCUUGAGGUUUGGCAGGCAGACUUGGAGGGUGCAGCGCGCGGGGAGUUCCAGCGCAUCGCGAUCCUGGACCAUGACUGCCAGACGAGAGGGUUUCAGUUGUCUUACUGGACGCUGUGUGUGGUUUCGACUCAGGGACAGGGCUUCGUGUAUGAUAUGACGCAGCGACCUCCCACAUUGACCACGCAUCUCACCAUCGAGGAUGACGCGGUCGGCCAUCUAGACCAGAGCGAGGACGCCGUCAUUUAUUCCAUGGGCCCGCGAGGCUAUCAUGUCUAUAACAAGUCGACCGGUGAAUUCAUGGGUGCGUUGCAACCAUUUCGCUGCACAGACAUGUACCAUAUCCUUCCCCCUGUCGCUACCUCGCCCUCCGCAAUCGCGGCGCUGGCGGCCGCUGCGCGGCACGGUCCGACGCAGCAUCUCUUCUCCCUCGGGGCGCCUCGCAAGGACUGUCUAGUGCCUAUUGAGCUCGCCAAGGGUCCUCUUCCGCCACCGACUGACUUCGAACAUGUCCGACACGGUGACGACGAAUGGGGAGCUGGCAUGCUCCACGGCGAUCUCUUCGUUGGCUUCUCCCGCGCCGGCCGUGUCUUCGUGUGCUCUGACUGGCGCAAGGCACUCCAUAGCGAAGCUGGUCUCACGACAUAUGGCUCUCUGAUUGAAUGCGAGUCGGAUGGGUCAAACUUUGAUCUGGGCGGCUGGUUGUCGGUGCGCAACCAUCGUCUGAUGUUUGAGAUCCAAGAUCGGAUAUACGUCGUAGCUCUGGAUGAUAAUAACAGGAUGCAAGAUGUUGAUUGUCCUGCACGUGCUUCCUACUCACUGCUCACUAGCUCUGUGCCACAGCUUGCCGUGCCCGUCAGUUUCAUGGCAUUGUGUGAUGAUGCGAUCAUGACUACCUACACUACCCUCGGCUUCCGUCAACCCCUUUCUGACGUCCCUGGUGAUGCACCCCAAGAGCCACACGAGGGUCCCGCUCGCAUAUUCCCUACCAAAUCCAUCCGCAUCGUCAGCUUAGCCCCCGACCUCUCUAACAGUAAGUCCGCCUCGGACUCCAAUGCCGAAGGACCUCAGGACCAGAGGGCAACGGGCGGAGGACUGUGGGAUUCUCAACAAGGCCAACCGCGGGCAGAAGAUACCUGGCGCUCGCAGGCCGGGUUGUUGCAGUUGGUCAGCUUGCUUGGAGAUGAGCUUGAUGAGGAGGAUGAGCUCGAAGCUAUGGAUGCGGAUGGUGAUGGCGACGGGUGGGAGGAUGUGGAUGAAGACGAUGAGGAACAUGGGCAUGAGCAUUAGCCUGCGAGCGUACAGGGGGAAGCCCAGGCUUAGGGCUAUUCCUGCGGUUUGUGUCUAAGCUUGGGGAUGUUUUCGAAGUGGACCAGUGACCAUUGCGAGUAGGUUACGUCCAGAAUAACCACGCAUUGACAUUCGAUGUUCCAAGACACUACAUGGGGUGACCGGAUCACAAGACAUGUCAUAGGCAGCUGUGACAUAUUCUUUCUAGGAUGCCCAUCCAAACGAUUAUGAAAAGGCCAACGAGGUAGCCCCGCUUAGAUUUCCCCCCACAACACUAACCCGCCUCGUAGAACAGUUCUAUAAAUACCCUGAUAGUGCACCGAUGAGGAAUAUGUUGGAGGUGCCAGACCGACACCACAUCAGAGCCAGAAAAAUGAGUAGAC